AUGCAUGGGAGUCCCUCUCCUCGCGGCACCCCCGCCCGUCGAGGUCGUUCGCCCCGCGCAUCGACCACCAGCCCCGAUGCUUCCGCUUCGCCCCUCGAUAUUUCCGCAGCCAAACCCAUCGCCACCUUUGCCACUUGUCUUUCAAUCGCCGUCGAGGGCGCUGCCCCGAUUGAGCAUCCCGACCCUACGGGCCCAAACGCGGGACCUGAGUCAUCUACAUCCACCGCCGUGCAUGAUUCGAAGCGAGCGCCACGAAAAUCAAAGAUGGAGGCUAUCGUCGCCAUUCAGAACCACGCGCACUCCUCGCUGAGCCAGGACGACGGGAAUGACACUGUCAACGAGGAGGGUGCAUUUCGCGUUCAUUUGCGGGACGGUCCUCCAAUCCCCACCAAGCUCGCGCUGGACCUGUCGACGGUCAAGAAACCGAAUCCGACUUUCAAUCCGCCGAAAUUGUCGGAUCGUCCGUUCGGUCUCACGGAUUGUCCCGUUUAUAAACCCACCCCAGAGCAGUUUAAGGAUCCGUUGGCUUACAUCAAGUCGAUUUCGGACGAAGCGAGAAAACAUGGCAUGUGCAAAAUUGUGCCGCCGAUGGGUUGGGAUAUGCCAUUCGUCACCGAUACUGAGAGGUACCGCUUCAAAACUCGUCUGCAGCGUUUAAACUCCAUCGAAGCAUCAUCGCGCGCCAAAAUGAAUUUUCUGGAACAGUUGUACAGGUUCCACAAACAACAAGGGAAUCCGCGGGUGGUUGUGCCUACAAUCAAUCACAAGCCUCUCGAUCUAUGGCUGCUGCGGAAGGAGGUGCAGAAACUCGGUGGUUAUGAGGCGGUCACCCGAGGCAAGAAAUGGGCAGAUCUGGGACGGAUGCUGGGUUAUAAGGGCAUCCCUGGUUUGUCAACCCAGAUGAAGAACUCGUAUGCCCGCGUCAUUUUGCCGUACGAGCACUAUCGCGAUCGCGUUCGUAAUUCCACCGUCCUAUCGGCUAACAAGCCGCACGACCCCACGCUGAAGACACACACCGAUGUUCAGUCUGUAGGAAAAGAUCGCGCAGCGUCUGUUGGUGGCGAUGAAGACAGUCCGCCAUCUAGUCCGCUCACUUCGUCGAGCCCUCUGUCUGAGCCUCCUGACGAUGCGGAGGGCAAGACCGCCAAUGGCAAGGUGGAUUUAUCGCGUCCAAGGAGAAAUACAAGGCAGAGCUCGCAUGAGCAAGCGGCGCGAGAGCUCGCACGUAAAGCAGCUGCCUCGAGGGACCCUCUUCCUUCACUUAUGGGGCGUGCCGAGGCCUUGAGGGGCGUGCCGAGAGAUGCGGCUGCAGAGCCUCAUUGCGAGAUCUGCCUUAAGAAGGAUCGCGAAGACAAGAUGCUGCUUUGUGACGGAUGCGAUUGUGGCUUCCAUACAUUCUGCCUCGAUCCGCCUCUGACGGCGAUCCCCAAGGGCCAGUGGUUCUGCCACACAUGCCUCUUUGGCACCGGUGGUGACUUUGGUUUCGAUGAGGGCGAAGAGCACAGCCUCUCCAGCUUCCAAGCGCGUGAUCUUGAGUUCCGGCGGCUCUGGUUCAAAAUGCACCCACCACAGUCUGCUGCAGAGACGGAUGGCGAUGGCGUGGAUGAGACGCCCAGAAAGAUUGACUCGAAUGAUCCCACGAUGAACGUGUUUGAUGGCAUUACAGUCACCGAGACAGAUGUCGAGAAUGAGUUCUGGCGGCUUGUGCAAUCACAACAUGAGACGGUAGAGGUAGAGUAUGGUGCCGAUGUGCACUCGACGACGCACGGAAGCGGAAUGCCGACCUUGGAAACUCAUCCGUUGGAUUCGUAUUCAAAAGAUCCAUGGAAUCUGAACAAUAUUCCGAUUCUUCCUGAUUCUCUGCUCAGGUAUAUCAAGUCAGAUAUAUCUGGGAUGACGGUGCCCUGGACGUAUGUCGGCAUGGUCUUCUCGACAUUCUGCUGGCAUAACGAGGACCACUACACCUACAGUAUCAACUACAUGCAUUGGGGCGAGACAAAGACUUGGUACAGCAUUCCCGGCAGUGAUGCGGAGAAAUUCGAAGCUGCGAUCAGGCGAGAAGCCCCGGACCUUUUUGAGGCGCAGCCGGAUCUACUUUUCCAGCUUGUGACUCUGAUGAACCCUAAGCGGCUGAAGGAUGCAGGCGUCGAUGUCUACUCGUGCAACCAGCGGGCGGGCGAGUUUGUCAUCACGUACCCGAAGGCCUAUCACGCUGGCUUCAAUCACGGGCUCAACUUUAAUGAAGCCGUCAACUUCGCGCUCCCCGACUGGCUGCCGUUCGGGCUUGACUGUGUGAAGCGAUACCAGGAGCACCGAAAGCUUCCGGUGUUCUCACAUGACGAGCUGCUGAUUACCAUCACUCAGCAAAAUCAGUCUAUCCAGACGGCAUUAUGGCUAAAUGACAGUCUUCAAGAAAUGAUGGCACGUGAGCUGCGCGUCCGAGAUAAGGCCCGAUCAUUCAAGAUGCAAGAAGUGCUGGAAGAGACCGACCGGGCCGAAGACCAGUAUCAGUGCACCAUAUGCAAGGUGUUCUGCUACCUUUCUCAGAUCACGUGUCAUUGCACCCCGAAGGUGGUCUGCAUCGACCAUGUCGACUUGCUCUGCAAGUGCGCGAAGACUAACCGGAUCUUGCGCAAGCGGUUUGAUGACUCAGAACUUCAGGACAUUCAGGUCAAGGUCUCGGAGCGUGCGGCGGUCCCGAGUAUUUGGCACAGCAAGUUGUACAAACUUCUUGAGAGCGCUAGGCCGCCGCUUCGCAAUCUUCGAGCGCUAUUGGCGGAAGGAGAGCGCAUCAACUACCCUCUUCCUGAACUUAAUUCCUUACGUAAAUGCGUCACGCGGGCAAACGAAUGGGUGGAUGCGGCCAAUACGUUCCUGGUCCGUAAGCCGAGUCGCAAGCGGGCGCGCAAGGUUCGUGGUCGGUCAUCCACAGAUGGUACUAGCGGUAUUAUCGAGGAGAUAAACGACAAGCCCGAGCGCACGCUGGACGAACUGUACGCGGUGAUCAGCGAGGUCGAGAACCUCGGCUUCGAUAGCCCGGAGAUUAAUCAAUUAAAGACCCUGGCAACUGAGGCCGAGGAGACGCGGGAUAAGGCCCGUGCAUUGCUUCGUCCCACAACCUCCCCUCGGGACCGCGACACGUUCAUCCAGGAGUGUGAUCGGCUGCUCCUUCAUGGGUCAUCGUUGAACGUCCUCAUCGACGAGUUCUUGGAGGUCGAGAAAUUCGUGAUGCGCGAACAGUUGAUCAAGGACCUCGAGGAGGACUUGGACGACGAGCAUAUUUCGCUGGAGGACGUCCGGUCAUUCGUUUCGCGCGCCCGACAGUGCGAUUUCUCGGUGGAGAGUCCGUACAUGAAGCGUCUGCAGAAACUACUCCAUGCUGGCGAGGAAUGGGAAAAGAAGGUGAAGGAUGUUAUGAAUAAGCCUCAGCGUACGUUGGAGGAGCUAGACGAGGCGGCCAACCGAGGACCUGCCGUGCCUGCUGACCCGGAGCUGUUGGACCGCCUUAUGGCUACUCGUGUCAGGGCGAAGGAUCAUGAAAAGCAAGCGAAGGCCUGGCUGAUGCCCGAGCCCAACGCGAUCAAGCCAAAGGUGCAGGAGGCUGUGAAGUUGGUCGCUCGUGCCGAGAAGGAUUUUGCCAUUCCUGCGAUUCAGGACCUCAAGCGAACGGUUGAUUUUGCGCAGGAUCUCGAGAAUCGCUGCGAUGCAGUGCUUAGGAAUCGCUACGAACACACCGAGGAUGGCGACAUCUUCCAGAUCAUGCUUCAGUGGCGGAAGUAUGCGAAGGAGCACUUGACGAUGUUCACGCUCCCUAACUUCGAGAAGCUCGACAAGCAGCUCUCUCAGCAUUUCCGCUGGCUCGAGGGUCUGCCGUGGUAUUGUAGACAACACCAGGAGGCUCACGGCCAGGCGAUUCUGGACGAUGUGGUGGAAUCGACUCGACCAGAGGAUGACCUGCCUCCGAAUGACGAGUACUUCACCUGCAUCUGCACCACACCGGUUCGUCCGCCUGCAGCAGGAACCAGCUCCGACGCUGUUCAGUGCGAUCAUUGCUUCGCUAGGUUCCAUGGUGUAUGCGCAGCCAACGGUGGGUCUUGUCCGUUCUGCGAUCAUCACCAUUGGAAUGGCACCAUACACAAGGAGAGGAAUUGGCACUUUUGCUAUCUUCCGACCAUCCUUCUGCAUGCCCCUGAUGUUACGAAGAAUUAUUCCGAGCAUUGGAAGCAGCUGGAGAUCAUUGUCCACCGAGUAGACCGACUAUCGGCUGUCAUCGGCCAGUUCCUCUCCUUCGCAUCACAGCCUGCGAACCAGCGCCCGGAGUAUAUCCCACAAGUUCGUCACUACAUGCGCAAGCUGUAUAGAAUUCAAUUCGCUGUGUCGCCGAACCCGGAGGUAUCUUUCGGUCUGGACCUCGCUGGACUGCAUCGUAUUCUCGCUGGACAGCCGCCAACUGUGAGAUUGAAGAAGCGCAGGCGGCCGAAGUUCAUUUUUGGUCAGGAUAUUGACAAGGACUGGCUGGACGGAACGCGGUGCAUCUGUCGAGGUCGGACUAGCUAUUUGCUCAAUUAUCCAACAGUGGAAUGCGAGAUGUGCUCAAAGCUGUACCACGCGGGCUGUGUCUUCUAUCCGAUUGACGCGACAGCUAACGUGCGCAGCCGGUUCAUGUGUCCUCUCUGCUGCAUCCGCAAGAACAGAGCAUAUCCGUACUCAGAAGUUCGUGUGAAGCAUAUCGAAAACCCAGAGCAGGAUAUGUACGUCAACACCAAAGAGAUGCUUGAGACUUUCAGCAAGGACUUGAUCUACAUGAAGCUGCCUCCCCCAUAUACUCAAACACUUUUCGUUGAGUUGAUCCGCUUCACUCCCGGUGUGCCGGAAAACGUGGGAAACAAGAGGUUAUCUCCACCUCUUCCUCCCCCGUCUAGGAUGCCUGGACUAUCACCGACGAACGGUCACUCUCCGCAUCCCCGCAGCGCGAAUGCGUAUGCGCAUGCACACGCGCACGCGCACGCGCAUGCUCACGCCCACACACAUGCGCCGCACCCUCAUCCGUCAUCUCAGCGAUCAGUGCCCGUCACUCCUCCUGUCGCAUACGAGAACGGUCGUCACCCGGCUGGCUCAGGACAUCAUGUCCCUCCACCGCCGCCAUGGUCGAACCAGAUUUGGAGCAGCGCUGGGGCCUCUGCUCCUCCGCCAAUAGCUAGACCUCACCUCGAGCUGAUGCGGUCUCCGGUUGAUGCACAUGCUCAGGUAUCCCGAAAGCGCAAAUAUCCUGACGAUGUCCCUUCCGCUGCAGGGGAUGAUCGGCUGCCUUCUGCCUUCUCUCCGCUGCUGCCAUCGCCUAAGCGUCGGCAGACACCUCACACACCGCAGCCGGCCUCACGGCCAAGCCAAGGCAUGUCCCCGUCGCUAGCGUUGAUGUUGUCGCCUACACCCAGCGACGUACGGUCUCCUCCGCGUCCCCCUCCACCCGUAUCGUCCUCGGGGCGCCCGAUAGCUCCGAGUGCCAUGUCUGGUCCUGCUCGGAUGCUCGAAGAGUUCGCUAAUGCUGCACCACCAAAUCCUUUGCGCAAACUCGCGUACUCGGAUAUGCGUCCGGAUCGCAAUGGUCGGGAGCCGCCGACAAUGAUGGAUAUCCAUCGUUCUUCUGGAGGACCGCCUCCUUCUCUCCAUCCUAGGCGUUGA